AUGCUUGCUGCUGCGCCUCUCCUCAAUCCUUCUUCUGCCCCACUCGCCUCUGCUUCAGCUGCUGCUACCCGGGCUGCUAGAUACACCUUCAAGGGGGCCCCCCUUGCGGGGCCCCUAGGGGGGCCCCUUGGAGGGUCUUUGGGGGGGCCCCUGGGGGGGCCUCUCGGGGGGCCCCUGAGGGGGCCCCAAGGGGGGCCCCAAGGGGGACCCCAAGGGGGGCCCCUAGGAGGGCCCCAAGGGGGACCCCAAGGGGGAUCCCUGAGAGGGCCCCCGAGGGGGCCCCUAGGGGGGCCCCUAGGAGGGCCCCCUGGAGGUCCUGUAGGGGGGCCCCCCAUGGGGCCCCUGUGGGGGGCCCCCGCUGAAGGGCCCGCGAGGGAGUGCUUUAUGAGUUUGUAUGGGAGCAGCAGCGCGCUGACUGGACAGAUGCUGCUGUCUCCACAGCAGCAGCAGCAGCAGCAGCGGCAGCAGCAGCAGCAGCAGCGGUUGCUGCGGCAUAUUCCUACUAGUGGGUUUCCUGGGUUCCGCAGCAGCAAGGGUUUGAAGAAGAUCAGCAGGCGACCCCCCUCUGGAGAUCUGCAGCGGCUGCUGCUGCAGCGCGUGGCUGCCUUCACAAAACCCGUCCCUUUCCCCCGUGAACCUCCUCUAGAAAUGGAGGGCAUUCGCGUUCCGUCGGCUUGGGCAGUAGCAGACCCCGAGCUGCCUCCUCACCUGCUGCCGCAGCAACAGCAGCAGCAGCAGCAACAGCAGCAGCAGCAGCAACAGCAGCAGCAGGGACCACAACAACGGGAUCAUGCUGCUGAUUCCGCUGCUGCGGGGGUGUGGGAUCACGUGGCUUUACACCUAGGAGACAUCUCUAAGCUGCGUUGCUGUGGGGCGGUGGCUGGCAUUGGGCGUUCGCUGCAAAUACACGCGGAAGGCAGCGGCUUUCGAGGGGCAUCGCAGCUGUUUGCUGCUGCAGGUCCCUGGCUUCACCUAUUCCUGCAGCAGCAGCAGCAGCUGCUGCUGCAGAAGCAGCAGCAGCAGCAGCAACAGGAAGGCCCGGCAGAUGCUGUAAACUCCUUUCUUGCUGCUGCGCAACAAAUGCAUGCAGCGCUGCUGACCCCACAGCUGCAGCAGCAGUGGCCGCUCUCACCAUCUGCAGCAGCAGCAGCAGAAGCAGCACCAGGAGGAGGAGGUGCAGCAGCAGCAGCGCGAAGGGCAGCAGCUGCACUGAAGGGGGCUUGCUGCGAGUGUUCUCCGCUGGUAGCAGCAGCGGCAGCCUCUGCAGCAGAAGCAGCAUUAGCAGCAGCAGCGACAGCAGCAGAAACAGCAGCACCACGGCGUCCCUUACCACCGCAGUUGCUGCUGAAGCGAGGGUCUUUAGUAUUAACCCCUGGGUUUGCUGCUGCUCCUCUCUUCCUGCUGCAGUGUGUGGAGCCUGUUGCUGUGCUGACGCAGCAGCAGCUGCUUCAGCAGCUGCUGCUGCUGAUAGACUGCGAUGUAGAGGAAGCGAAGCAGCAGCAACAGCAGGAACAGCAGCAAGAACAGCACCUGCCACCGCAACAGCUGCAGGAGCAGCUGCAGCAGCAACACCAGCAGCAGCAGCAGCAGCGUCAACUCCAUUCCCCUUCUCUUUAUCUGCUUGAAGACUGUUACUUAAAAGCUUUUGCUGCUGCUGCUGCUCUCGGGCUUAAGACCCUUGCAGUGCCGCUGCUGGGUACAGCAGCUGGGGCGUACCCGCUGCAUGCUGCUGCUUACUGUGCUGCUGCUGCAGCACACCGCUGGCAGCUACAGCAGCACAGGCAGCAGCAGCUGCAGAAGCAGCAGCAGCAACAGCAGCAGCAGCAGCAGCAGAGAAUGAAGAUUGUUUUUUGUACGCCCGAUAGAGAUGAGUGGAGGGCUUUGGAUCUCAACAUAAGGAGACGCAUGCAGCUGUUCACUCCCUAA